CACGCGCCCCCUCCUGGCACGACAAGUGUCCUACCGGGCGGCGUCCCGUGCCCGCGCUUCCGAAAAUACCCUUCACUCCCACGCCUCGAAAACCGCGAGGGGGGCCUCCGGAGAGGAGCACACUGUUUCUGUUGCGACAGAGAGCGUCUCCGUCGACGUGCGAGGCAGCGGCGAGCAGAGCGUCUCCUCGAUCCCUCCUCGGCCGCGCACUCCUUUUCGUGGCUUCGGCGCCGGCGAUGGACGCCUACUCGAAGGACAUGCCGCGCGGCGUCGGCGGCGGAGACGACGGCGAGAAGAAGGUGCGGCGCUCGGAGUCGGGUACUGAGGAGGUGGACCUUACCCUCGAGCUGUCGCUCGGGGGGCGGCUCGGGGCGAAGCGGAGGAGAGUCGAGGGGCUCGCCGGGUCCUCAUCGGUGGCGGUGGCGCCGCCCGCGCCUGUCGGGACAAACUCAUCGCAGGGGGCUGGUUUCCCUCCGCAUGGCGUCGCCGUGGAGCCCUCAGCUUUGCUGCGUGCAACCUUGAACCCUUUCCUUGGGAGCGCCUGCGCCGCUGAGGUCCAGCCCUCGGCGACCCCUUUGCGCAGCAUCAAGAUGGAGCCCGUGGAAGGAACUCCUAGGGCUGAAGGGCGGAGCCUGUCAUCAGCUGUUGUGCCCUGGUCUGAGGGUACAAACGGCGUCAUGGCAACCGCUUCUUCUUUAGCAGUGGCGGUGAUGAUGGCCGCAACCCUUGGUUCUAGGGGAGAGCAGCAAGGUGCUUCAGAGAGACACGCGGCCCUGGCGCGGGAGAUGCCAUUGGUGUGGACGAGCGGGCUCCACAAUGGCAUGAGGACUGUAGGCUUUCUGUACCAGUACAGCAGAGUUGACGAGUUGAGGAUCAUGUGUGUGUGCCAUGGUAGCUUCCUCACUCCGGCGGAGUUUGUGGAGCAUGCUGGAGGCGGCCAAGUCGCCAACCCGCUGAGGAGCAUCAUCGUCAAGACCCCGUCUUGGCUUUAGACCGGCGCGGCGCGGCGGCGCGUGCAUGCAGAUGAGAUCGCCCCAAGUGUUAAGCGUAUUACCUUUCGAACUAGAAAUCUCAUCGUGAGCUAGACUGCAUCUAUGUUACAGACUUUACAUUACAGUACUUAUUACCUGAACUGAAGACAUGGGGGGAGAGUUGCUCCUGCAGACAACUUAAUAGCAAACAUAAAGACAGAUUGAACAUUA